AUGAAGUCUUCUGCUAUGAAUAAGCCGGAUGAGCGAGUUGUUUGUUUAGCUCUAAGAAGCGUCUUCACCGGAGAAGACGCCAAAGUCCGCAGCUCCAAGGCAAUCAAGAAGCAAAUACAAAUCCAUGCGCAUAGGCCGGACGUUCAAGCACUUAUGCAAAGUCACCAUCAGGAGCACGUGUAUCAAACAGCAAAGAACCUCCUUGUAGAGAAUGUCUUUGGUUCCAGUCUGCGAGCGAAAAUUCGCUUCCCAGAGGUUUUCAGUACCUCACCGGCUCAGAGUGCAGAACGAGAGCAUUCGGAAGAGGAGGCGGCCAGAUCGGAAGCCCACGCUAUUAGGAACGCCGCAGAAGGUCACUCAAAUACCGUCGAGGCAAAUAGUACUAAUCGUGAUGCUGCUACCGAGGGACACGGGUUCAAGUCUUUGGGGUCUCAAGAGCGCAAUGAACACUAUUCAGAGCUUCGGAUACCGUCGCUCUACCCCAUAUACGUGCCGUUCCAAACGCAGCAUCGUUUGACGAACAAGAUACAGAAGGUGUUGGAAGAUGCUUGCUUCACCUUUGCACAAGAGCACUUGGGUGCAGAACUCCGUAAGAACGGGUGGGAAUGUACUGAGCAGGUGGAGUUGAACGUUUGGACUCGGACUUUCAAAAGUGCGCGAUGCUUGGAUGAGACAGCUCUCACGCUCAGAAUCCCACUCUCGGAGCUUUUCGAAUCAAUCGCAGACUUAAGACACACUGCUGUACACCGGAUACAGGUGUCAGUGAAUCGCCUUCUCCAAUUCUUGGCUGAUGCAGAGGCACUCGCAACAUUGCUCAACAAUGACCACGCCGCGGACUACGUUGCUCGUCAACGAGGCAGGCUAGAGGUUCUGAUCGAUGAGACCAAGCGUAACAAUGAUAUUCUGAGGUAUCGAGCUGCAGAGACCAUACGAGAACUUAACGACAGAAUUGCGGACAUCAGGAAGCUCCAAGAAGAGGCAAUCGAAAGCAUGCUUAGGGACGACAGGGACUUUCGACAAUCGAUCGUUGUUGACCUGGAGACUGCCAUGGACCUCAAAUCGUCCAAGCAACGAGAGGCGCCUGGUGAAGAGUGCGCGACAUCGUCUACAGCCGAACGAAUGGUGGAGAGCUCCAGCGACGUCGAGAUUGAGUGUGAGAAACACUACGGCGCGCUGAUGGAUUCUCCAUGAAAGUACCGUUCACGA